AAACUGAAAAAUGACAAAAAUAGGAAGUGCAGGGCGGCGGCAGGAAACACCUGUUAAGGGUAAACAAACUAGAGAGGCGGGGAGCAAGCCAGCGGCCGGCGGGACACUUUAACCCUUUUUUCUAUGGGUGUGGCGCAUCUCCCCACCCACUAGCCACCCCAGCAAGACCACCAGUCCCGCGCCCUCCCCCACGCCCAAAGAUGUCUGUAAUAAGCAGAGGCCCAUGCAAGGACAUGGAGGGCACGCAGAAGGUGUGGGUGCCGAACCAGACCCACGGCUUUGUACUGGCCAGCAUCGUGGACCUGACCAGCGAGGGCGUCCAGGUUCAGCCCGUGGCCAGGGGGAGCAAGCCUAUCACAGCAGACUACGACCGGAUAUACCCUGCCGAGGAGGAUGAGACCAAGGAUGUGGAUGAUAACUGUGCGCUCAUGUAUCUUAACGAGGCGACUUUGUUAAACAACGUGAGGCUUCGUUACAGCAAUGACAAGAUUUAUACAUACGUGGCCAACAUCCUGAUAGCGGUGAACCCGUACAUUGACAUCCGCAACCUGUACUCCCUGGACACCAUCAAGAAGUACCAGGGGAAGUCACUCGGCCAGAUGCCCCCUCAUGUCUUCGCGAUAGCUGACAAGGCAUUCCGAGACAUGAAGGUUUUGAAACAGUCUCAGAGCAUUAUUGUGUCUGGAGAGUCAGGCGCCGGCAAGACUGAAUCCACCAAGUACAUUCUGCGCUACCUCUGUGAGUCCUGGGGUAACAAACUUGGCCAUCUGGAGGCGAAGAUACUUGACGCCAAUCCGGUGCUGGAAUCAUUCGGCAAUGCAAAGACAACUCGCAACAACAACAGCUCCAGGUUUGGCAAGUUCAUCGAGAUCCAUUUCAACGAGAAGUUUAGCGUCGUGGGCGGGUUCAUCUCUCACUACCUGCUGGAGAAGUCCCGUAUAGUGCUGCAGGGGCCCCAGGAGAGGAACUACCACAUCUUCUACCAGCUGUGUGCCGGAGCGCCUGAGGAACUGAGGAAGAAGCUGAAACUCGGCACUCCUGAUCAGUAUAAUUACCUGCGGAAGGGGUGCACCCAGUACUUUUGCGGCAAGGACACGGAGAAGACCUUGCCAGCCAGCAGGAAGAGCCCCAUGCACCAGAAGAAGGGGCCAUUGAAGGACCCCAUUCUGGACGACGUGAGGGACUUUGCCAGUGUGGACAAAGCUCUGGGCAACUUUGGCCUGAGCGAGAGUGAGCGCCUGUUUGUGUACACCACUGUGGCUGCUGUGCUACACCUGGGAAAUGUGGGCUUUGAGGACAACCCUGAGGACACAAAAGGUGGGUGCAUGGUGUCGCCAGGGUGUGAGGGGCACCUGAAGACCGCAGCGUCUCUCAUGGGGGUGGACGCAGAGGAGCUGAACCAGGCCCUGCUGUCCCGUGUCAUGCAAACCAGCAAAGGAGGACUCAAGGGCACUGUUAUCAUGGUCCCUCUCAAGAUCUACGAAGCCAGUGGUGCCCGUGAUGCCCUAGCCAAGGCCAUGUACAGCAAGCUUUUUGACUACAUUGUUCAUCGCAUCAACCAGAGUAUCCCAUUUUCUUCCUCAGCUUAUUACAUCGGCAUCCUGGACAUUGCUGGCUUUGAAUACUUCCCGGUGAACAGCUUUGAACAGUUCUGCAUCAACUACUGCAAUGAGAAGCUGCAAAUGUUUUUCAAUGAGAGGAUCCUGAAGGACGAACAGGCACUUUACGAGAAGGAAGGGCUCGGCUUGCGCAAGAUUUCAUACGUCGAUAACCAGGAUUGCAUAGAUCUCAUUGAGGCCAAGGGGUGUGGUAUCAUCAGCUUGCUGGACGAGGAGAGCAAACUUCCCAAAUCGUCCCACACUCACUUCACCUCGGCUGUCCACUCCAACCACUCAGCUCACUUCAGACUCGCCCUGCCCAGGAAAAGCAAGCUAAGGGACCAUCGGGAAAUUAGGGAUGAUGAGGGGUUCCUGAUCAGACACUUUGCCGGUGCAGUGUGUUACCAGACGGCACAGUUCCUGGAGAAGAACAAUGAUGCCCUUCAUGCCUCACUGGAAGCCCUAGUGAUGGAGGCACAGAACCCCUUCAUCCAGGCUCUCUUCGCUGGCACGGGGGAGGAUGGGCCGCAGCACACCACCCGCGGCAAGCUGUCCUUCAUCUCCAUUGCCUCCAAGUUCAAGACGCAGCUGCAGGAACUCAUGGAUAAGCUGUCGAGUACUGGCACAAACUUCAUCCGGUGCAUCAAGCCAAACGUGAAGAUGGUGGAUCACGAAUUUGAGGGGGGCGCCAUCUUGUCCCAGCUGCAGUGUUCAGGCAUGACCUCUGUGCUGGAGUUGAUGCAGCAGGGGUACCCAUCAAGGGCUCCCUUCCACGACCUCUUCAGCAUGUACAAGCAAUACCUGCCCCCGGAACUGGCCAGACUUGAUCCUAGGCUGUUUUGUAAGUCCCUGUUCCGAGCACUGGGUUUGGACGACAAGGAUUUCAAGUUCGGCCUCACCAAGGUGUUCUUCCGUCCAGGCAAGUUCGCCGAGUUUGACCAGAUGAUGAAGAGCGACCCAGAGAACCUGAGGCGUCUGGUGUCCAAGUUGAAGAAGUGGCUGCUGCAGUCACGCUGGAAGAAGGCCCAGUGGUGUGCUCUCUCUGUCAUCAAGUUGAAGAACAAGAUCCUGUACCGUCGGGAGCAGCUGAUCAUCAUCCAGAAGAAUGUGAGGAUGUACAACGCCUGCAAGAAGUACCGGCCGCGCUACAUGGGGGUGCUCAAGAUCAAGGGACUGCAGACACAGUUGCAGCAGCUUCUGGCCACCGUGCAGCAGCUGAAGAAGGAGAAAGAGUCGUCCCUUGCCAACGUCAGGAAGCUGGAGGCCAUGAUGGACGGGGCGAUCAGGAAAAUAAGGACAACCUCCAUGACAAGGGAGAAGAUCGACCAGGAACACAGCACACUCGUCUCAGCCUUGAACAGCGAACUGGCAGCUGUGCAGAAGAAACUGACGCAGCAGAAGAACGCAGAGGAGCAGGAGAGGCUGAGGAAGAUUCAGGAGGAGAUGGAGAGGAAGAGGAGGGAGGAGGAGGAGGAGGAGAGGAGGAGGAAGGAAGAAGAGGAAAUCAGGAAAAAGAAGGUGGAGCUGGAGGCACGGCGCAAGCAGGAGGAACAGGAGCGUCUCAAGCAGGAGGAAGAAGACCUAAAGGCAGCUGAGGCUCUCCAGCAUCCCCUGGUCUCACAGAUGCAGCUGGCCAAGGAAGAGGCAGAAUCAGAACGCCUGGCACAGCUGGAGGAACAGGAGAGGAGGGACCACGAGCUUGCCCUGCGCCUGGCUACUGAAACCAACUCUGCCGUGGAGGAAAUGACACCCUCACUGAAAAGCUCAUAUGGAGAGGCCAGUGAUUUGCUCAAGUUGAAAAGGUCCUCCAUGGUUGAGAAGCAGCGCAUGGAGGCAGCCAACAAGAAGUAUGACCUGAGCAAAUGGAAGUAUGCUGAAUUGAGAGACACCAUCAACACGUCAUGCGAUCUGGAGCUCCUGGAGGCUUGCCGCAGUGAGUUCCACCGCCGCCUGAAGGUGUACCACGCCUGGAAAGCCAAGAACAAGAAGCGCACCACGAUGGACGAGAACCAGCGUGCCCCCAAGUCUGUUCUCGACGCAGGUAUGGAGUUUCUCACCAAGGCCAACCCUCCCCGAGUGAUCCCGAAGGUGGCCCCCCCGACAGGAGUCACCAGCCAGCAGAGAUUCUUCCGCAUCCCCUUUGUGAGGCCCACCGACCAGCACCGCACCGACCACCAGCGCCGGGGAUGGUGGUACGCUCACUUUGACGGGGAGUGGAUCGCCCGCCAGAUGGAACUGCAUCCCGACAAGCCCCCAAUACUGCUGGUGGCUGGCCGAGAUGACAUGCAGAUGUGUGAGCUGAGCCUGGAGGAAACAGGGCUCACCAGGAAGAGAGGCGCUGAGAUCCUGGAGAGCGAAUACGAGAAGGAGUGGAGUCGUCACGGUGGAAAGCAGUACCAGCGGCCAGCCAACCGACGGCGCUAGUAGUGGAGUAACAGGCAUGUGGAUAGAGAGUGCAGGGGUGGAUCUAGAUGGUGGAAGGGAUAGUGAUGGUUGUUCAUUGAUCAGUUUGUAGAUUUGGAAAUUUGAAGAGAAGUUAGUUGGUAGUUUUGAUGGGUGGUCGGACUGUGGUGAGUCUUGCCACUGAGUGUUUGAAGUGUGGCUGUGUGGGUGAGUUUAGUUGAUUUGUGGAUCUGGGAUGAUGGAAAGGUUAGGUGAAGCUGCUGUGAGUUGAAUAUUAUAAUCUCAAGAUGAUACAUUGGGUAGAAUUUAUGUAUGUGUGAGAAUGGGAAGGUUAGAUAUUGAUGUGGAUUGAAAAGGACCUUAAAAUUGAUGAGUGAACUUGAUCUGCGGACUUGUGAGGAUGGUAAAGUCAAAUAUUCGUCACCCUUGUAAACAAACAUACAAUCGUUUCAGGAUGUUCACAGCGACGGAUUCUUCAUCAUGUCCUGUUGUUGUUGUUGUUGUUGUCUCUACCAUGUGCAAGGUGUGGGUUAUCAAAAUUUCACCUCAACUUUUCUGCUUGUGAUGUGGAAGUUACAAAAAUGACACAGUUUUUUUCGUCACAGAUCGUUGAAGUUGAAAAAUGACCAGCAGUUUGUUUUUGAAGGUGGUCAUGUUUUUUUUUUUUUUAGUCAGAAAGUGAGCUAGGGGUGAAUGAACUGAAUCUCUUGACAGUAUAAGAAUGAGAACCAAUCAUGCUUAAAUAAGACACCUAAAGAAAAAUAAUUACUGAAGAAAUCUUUACGCAACAUUUCAUCCGAGACUUAUAAUUGGGAUAUAGAAAAGUACAUAGCGUAAUAAGCAAGAGAUGGAAAGAUGUGAUAUAUUGAAAGGGAAAGAUACUGAUGGAAUGGUUACAGAAGGAAUAUUUAAGCAACAUUUCAUCCAGCACACAAUGGGGAUAUAGAAAAGCAUGUAAUAUAAGUGAGAGAUGGAAAGAAUAUCAUUGCAUCUGUGAUAUACUGGAAGGUUAAGAUAUUGCAGCUGUUUACCAUAAGGAACCCACUGAAGAGAAGUCUGGCUUUCUAUGUAUAAUCACGCGUAAAUGCAUGAAGUGUUGAACAGUGGAACCUUUGCAGCUAUUAGGAACAAAAUUACAUAGAUAUCUGUGUAGUUCUUGGUGUAAAUAUAUCUGUGUUCGUAAUGUAUUGAAGACUAGAAGGUUAGCAGCUACUUACACAUGCAAGGAUACGUAGUCAUCCAUCAGGUUUGUGCAUAACAUACCAGAAAGUUAAAAUCUUCAUAUAUCCACGUAAAAUGUUGAAAAGUGAAGCGUUAUGGCUAUUUGAACAUACUCAAACGCACAGGAACUCAUUCAGCUUCAUAAUAUACUAAAGAAGAAAAUAUUAUGGCUUCUUAUAUCGAAAAAUCUAAAAUUAUGGCUACUUAUGCAUAUUAAAACUCAUAUUUAAUCAUCCAACUUUAGCGUUACUAUAAAAAAAUGAAUACAUCACAGCUACUUAUACUAUAUAUGAACUUAAAACAUCAGAAACCUAAACUACUGGAGCUGUAUCCACAAAAACAUACAUAUAUAUAUAUACAUGCAUCUAGUUUGUAUAUAACAUACCAAAAAUUAAACUGCUGUACCCACUUAUGUAUAGAGUAUUGCAAGGAUAUUUGUCCGUUCCUCUGUAUGAAUGCAAGGUGAGAGAGUAAGAGAAUUGCACUUGACCUGGGAAUAGACGAAGAAAGUAUGAGGAUAACAAAAGAAGGAAGGGAAAAGAUAUGAGGAAAAAUGGUACAGUUUGUGGAUUAAGAUAGACAGAAGAAGUGUGACAGAAGGAAAUGUAGAAAAUGUAAAAAAAAAAAAUUAGAAGUGAUAGUGGAAAAAUAAAACAUGGGAGAAGAGAAAGAGGGAAAGGAGGAAAAACUGUGAAGAAAAUAAGACAAGAGAAAUAUGAAAGAGAAGAAUGAAAGCAAGAAAAAUAGAAAUGAUAACAGCAGCCAAACAGAAGACGAUGAGAAAGUCAAACCAGAUGAUAAAUGAUGAUGGUGAUAGUGGUGAUGAUGAAGAUAAGAAAGUAAAACCAGGUGACAAUGUUAAUGAUAGUGAUGAUGAUAAAGCAAAACAAGAUGAUGAUAAUGGUAAUAGUGAUAAUGAUGAUGAAGAUAAGGAAGGAAAAGAAAAUAAUAAUGGUAAUAUUGAUGUUGAUAAUGAAGAUAAGGAAGGAAAAACAAGAUGAAAAUGAUGGUGACAUUGAUGAUGAAGAUAAGGAAAGAAAAAAAGCUGAUAAUGAUGAUGAUGAUGGUGACACUGAAGAUAAGGAAGUAAAACAAGGUGAUGAUAAAGAUGGUGAUGAUGAUGGUGAUAGUGGGGAGCAUCAUGGGGGAGCCGACAGCGAGAGGUGAUGAUGACGAUGCAGUGACAGUGUAGUAGGCUGACAUAUUGUAUUUAAAACAUGGUAGUGACACAAGUAGCUAGACACGGAAAAAAAAUAUGCAUACAAAAAAACGUAAAAAAACAAAAAAAAAACAAAAAAAAAAGACAAACUCCAAAAUUUUGUCAUUUCUUUCACUCUGUAUGAUAAAAACGCUUCCUGUGCACUGUUUGUGUAUUGCUUAACCCACACACACACACACACACACACACACACACACACACACACACACACACACACACACACACACACACACACACACACACACACACACACACACACACACACACACACACACACACACACACACACACACAUUUACAUUUUAUCGCCUUUUUGCAUUCACAAGAGGACCAUAUUAAUCAGGGUUUGUUUCUCUCUCUCUCUCUCUCUCUCUCACUCUCUCUCUCUCUCUCUCUCUCUCUCUCUCUCUCUCUCUCUCUCUCUCUCUCUCUCUCUCUCUCUCUCUCUCUAAUCACAGUCAUUCCAGUGUUGUAAAAUGAAUGGAAAGUGUUAUUAUUAUUAUUAUUAUUAUUAUUAUUAUUAUUAUUAUUAUUAUUAUUAUUAUUAUUAUUAUUAUUAUUAUCAUCAUCAUCAUCGCCAUCAUCAUCAUCAUCAUCAUCAUCAUCAUCAUCAUCAUCAUCAUCAUCAUCAUCUCACUUCUUUCUUCUCCUCUUCCUCUUCUUACUGAUAUUCACACAUUCCUUCUUAUCACUAAAUGGAAUAUUGGUAAUAGAAAUAAAGAAAAAAAUAAGGAUGAUAAUAAAAUUGUACUGCAUUGUGCAAACCUAACUUUAUUUUACUUACUUGCUGUUUUAUUUAUUUAUUAUUUAUUUAUUUUUUUAUUCAGAAUUCAGGACUUUGUAAUGUGUGUGUGUGUGUGUGUGUGUGUGUGUGUUGUUUUAUGGUUGUGCUAGGAAAUAAGGUGAUGAUGGUGUUUGCUGCCUGAAAUUAAUGCCUACACACACACACACACACACACACACACACACACACACACACACACACACACACACACACACACACACACACACACACACACAUACACACAAAACAUGUGAUAUAUAUUUCCCUUUAUCUUUAACUUAAACAUUCUGAUAACAUAACAUUCUAGAUUUUUAUAAACAUUACAUUAGCAUUCCAUAAUUAGGCUUAUUUUGAAUGUUCCUCUACUUUAUUAUACUUGUAAGAGGUGAAGAGAUAAUUUUGAAAGGAUGGAUGAGAGAGAGAGAGAGAGAGAGAGAGAGAGAGAGAGAGAGAGAGAGAGAGAGAGAGCAUGCUUAGGGGGUAAAGAAACCGAUGAUUAGAAAAUGUAAUAUUAGUCUUGAUUUUUGUAUGAUUUUUUGUAACUUAAGUGAGGCCCAGAUAACACACACACACACACACACACACACACACACACACACACACACACACACACACACACACACACACACACACACACACACACACACACACAC